UGGAAAGCGAAGCAGCCGCUUGGCUGUGUGUGAUGCCGAGAGAGACGCUUCUCCUCACAAAGGAGAGGGAGGAAGGGAUGCGCCUGCGCACUCCAUUCUGCUGCUAGGAGCGAGGCUUGAGGGACCCUCUGCAGUGAGUGUCAAGCCGGGUGAGGAAGGGAGAGUUCAAGGGGGGGAAUACUCGGGCUCGUUCAGCUACAGCGGGGGGACCACCCAACUGAAACCGCCGCUAGCUUUCUUGCCCUCCUUCUGCUUCUCCCCCACCCCCCGCCGCUCUUUCCCAGAUUCCCAGAGACAGAAGCACGCAAGCAAGCAAGGAAGCAGAAUUGGUAGACUUGCGGUCAGGAAGCUUUAAACUGGAGACUGGGAGGAUGUCCUCCCCCUAUCUGCGGCCUGGCAGUCAAAGAUGCAGGCAGUCCCGGACUCUCUCCCAGGGUGGCUGGGCUUCACUGUGAGCUCUGGCACUUCUUCAUUGCUAAACGUGGCCGAUUAAUCCACGUGGGAAUCUCCCCCUGCACAGGGGGAGAGGGCCCAGUCUGAUCUGUUUAUAGCUCAGCUGCUGGCAAGGAAGGAGGGGACAGGUUCCUUAGCGGUGCUAAGAAGGAUGGAGCCACAAAAGAAUCUGCUGGACACGUGCACUGACCCAUUGAUGUGACACUGUUGGACUCUAGACUCUCUUACUUCAGAGUGGCUGGGGCUGGCUUUGAAGCUGCAGGGAGUGCUUGCAUGUUCUUGGGAUAGAGAGGCAGUAUCAGUACUGAUUUCCAACAAGACCAUGCAUCUGACUGGGAAUUUGUAGCUUGGCCCAAACGGAGCUUGCCAUCAGCAUGCUUUUGGCAGGGGUAACAGUACAGCAGGAGCACCAGCGCCCCAAUCCUCUUGGGAGACAGCAGCCUGAGAAGCAAGAUGAGAGGUCUAAGAGUUUGCCGGUUCUGAAUGGGUCUGCUCCCCCGAUUAACACCAUGCAAAACACACUCAUUGCAGCCAAAAGGAACUUCUCACAGAGUUUCCAGGGGGGCUGUGACCGGAAGUGUGGCCUUGACCCUGACCUGCUGGCACAUCACAGCAAUGUUGCAGCUGCUGCUACUGCUUCUUCCAGGAUGAUGUUGUCUUUUACAGCUUCCAGCUUUUCAAGACUUGGGAGUUUCACUGAAAGAACAGACUGUAAUAAUGUUGUUGGCACAAGCAAAGGGGUUUCACCGGCUUCCACGUUACUAGCAAUCCCAGGCAGAAAAUUUCUCAAUGUAGUAUUGAUGGAUUCCCGGUUCUUCUUGGUAUGCAUGUGCUUCCUGACUUUCAUCCAGUCGCUAAUGGUCUCUGGCUAUCUAAGCAGUGUUAUCACCACCAUUGAGAGGAGGUACAGUCUGAAAAGCUCAGAGUCUGGGCUGCUGGUCAGCUGUUUUGAUAUUGGCAGCCUGGUGGUUGUGGUGUUCAUCAGUUAUUUUGGGGGACGAGGACGAAGGCCUUUGUGGCUUGCCAUAGGUGGUUUGUUUAUUGCCCUUGGAGCUGCUAUGUUUUCUUUACCUCAUUUCAUCUCUCCAUCAUAUCAGAUCCAGGAAAUGAACUCCUCUGUCUCUAAUGAUGGCUUAUGCUGGACUGGCAAUAACACAGCCAAAGACCAUGCGGAGUCACCAGCUUGUCUCAAGGAUUCAGGUGGAAAUAACCACUUGCUCUAUGUAGCUAUAUUUGUUUGUGCCCAAAUUCUCAUUGGCAUGGGCUCCACACCCAUCUAUACUCUGGGACCAACCUACUUAGAUGACAAUGUCAAGAAAGAAAACUCAUCACUCUACCUAGCUAUCAUGUAUGUAAUGGGAGCUCUUGGUCCUGCCGCAGGAUAUUUAUUAGGAGGAGUUCUGAUCGGAUUUUAUGUUGAUCCUAGAAGUACUAUUUAUAUUGACCAGAGUGACCCUCGCUUUAUUGGUAACUGGUGGAGUGGAUUCCUCCUUUGUGCCUCUGCAAUGCUUCUUGUUGUACUCCCAAUGUUUACUUUCCCCAAAAAGCUUCCACCUCGACACAAGAAAAAGAAGAAGAAAAAGAAGAUUCAUUCUGAUGAUGUUUCAAGUGAUGAUGAUAUUAUGAAAGAGAAAGCAAAUAGCAAAAGUCAUGUAGACAACGAAGUUCCUGCCUCUAUGGGCUUUGGAAAGAAUGUUAAAGAACUUCCAAGAGCCGCUGUCAGGAUCUUAAGCAACAUGACAUUCCUUUUUGUGAGUUUGUCAUACACAGCGGAGAGUGCCAUUGUCACUGCUUUUAUUACCUUCAUUCCCAAGUUCAUCGAGUCACAGUUUGGCAUCCCUGCUUCCAAUGCCAGCAUCUACACUGGUGUGAUCAUUGUCCCAAGUGCUGGUGUUGGCAUUGUCCUAGGGGGGUACAUUAUUAAAAAGCUCAAACUCAGUGCGAGAGAGUCUGCAAAACUGGCAAUGAUCUGCAGCGGUGUGUCUCUGUUGUGUUUUUCAACCCUCUUCAUUGUUGGAUGUGAAAGCAUUAAUCUAGGAGGCAUUAAUAUACCAUAUACCACUGGGCCUACUCUUACUAUGGCGCAUAGGAAUCUGACUGGGAGUUGCAAUGUCAAUUGCGGCUGUAAGAUCCAUGAAUAUGAACCUGUGUGUGGGUCAGAUGGAAUCACAUAUUUCAAUCCAUGUCUGGCUGGUUGCAUCAGCAGUGGAAAUCUUAGCACAGGGGUCAGAAAUUAUACAGAAUGUGCCUGUGUCCAAAGCCGACAAGUUAUCACACCACCAACAGUGGGACAGCGCAGUCAGCUAAGAGUGGUGAUCGUCAAAACCUAUCUCAAUGAGAAUGGUUAUGCUGUAUCUGGGAAGUGUGAUCGAACCUGCAAUACACUCAUCCCAUUCCUGGUCUUUCUCUUCAUUGUCACACUUAUCACAGCAUGUGCCCAGCCAUCAGCAAUUAUAGUAACACUCAGGUCUGUGGAAGAUGGUGAGAGGCCUUUUGCGCUUGGAAUGCAAUUUGUUUUAUUAAGGACCCUUGGUAAGUGCAGAGCGUACAUUCCGACUCCCAUUUACUUUGGAGCCGUCAUUGACACUACCUGCAUGCUGUGGCAACAGGAGUGUGGAGUGCAAGGCUCGUGCUGGGAAUACGAUGUGACGUCGUUUCGCUUCGUCUACUUUGGGCUAGCAGCUGGUCUCAAAUGUGUUGGAUUCUUGUUCAUUUUCCUCGCUUGGUAUUCCCUGAAGUAUAAAGAAGAGAAACUGCAAAGGCAGACGUGGAGGGCCUCGCCUGCCAACACAGUGAGCGAGGGUGUGCAUAACACCGGAGUGCCACAAAACUAUGCACGGACUAGAUCCUGCCCCACUUUUAGCUCUCGAGGUGACCAUACGGAAGAUAUUGACCAGACAAAAGGAAUGCAUUAUAUAGCACAGACAUAUCCUGGCACCCUUACAGAAGCAAUAAAUGCCUCAGUUGAAAAGGCUUCAGAAGAAGCCACUGCUGAGAUAUAGGGCCCUAUUUUGUCAACCUCAAAUUUGGUUUAUUGGUAAAUUCAAAGUAUGGCGCCUUUUGAAACAAACACCCGUGCCUUCCACUUUCUUAAGCUAUUCUGCAACAGAUGAUUAACCAAGAGAGCUUAAUGCACUGACCCAUGCAUAUCUUAGGGCUGGAUACCUCACAAUAACCCAGGUUGCUCUUUCUUCCCUUUGGGAAAUGGAGUUUUAAAGUGUUUCUAAGUAUUUCAGCUUUAUCUGUUAAAUCCAUGUGUCCUAAUCGUUAAGAGAGAGUCCUGACAGAAAUGCAUAUCAUUGGUAACACAAUACUAAGGCAGUGCUUCCACAAUGCUUGGGACUGAGGGAGGAAUAAUUAAUUGUUUUGAGUUCUAUUUUAAAGCACAACUAAAACUUGUCUCAGCUAUGCAACUUGGAUUGGCAUUGAUUUUUCUGUGCAUUGUAUUUUCCCUAAAUGCUUUCAGUAACCUGAAUUGGAAAUGGGGCCAUUUUGAGUCAUAAAAUGUAGAAUUAACAAUUCACAUGUCCUUUUAUUUUGAAAUAAACUACUUGAAGCCAUAGAACAUAGAGUUAAAUACCAGGUGAAGCUGAAACGCUAUGGCAUGAUAGUUUUAGCCUGUUAUUCAUUUACAUUUAGUAUUUGAUGUUGUAUAUCUCAGUUUGGUACAGAGGUUGCAAAAUAACCACUAGCAAUUUCAGUACUAAUUUGCGAUAAUGUUUAAAGCAUAACAAAUGUGUGCAUUAAGGCCAGUUUAGUAUUUGAAUAUUCUUGCAACUAUGAAUGAAUCAGCCACAGAUACUGCAAAUCACACUUGAACUUUCUUGUGUCUUUGAGCAGACACAAACAAAAAAUUGUGUCUUGAUGUGUGGCCAUCUGAGGAGGACUGAAUGUUACAGCUGACUGUAUGACACAACCAGUUUUCCCUCUAACUAGUUCCCAGAUGUUGACGACUACAGCUCCCAGAAUUCCCAUUCAAAGGCCACUGCAGCUGAGGAUGCUGGGAGUUGUAGUGAACAAGAUCUGGGAAUCCCUGUUAGAGAGGAUACAACCAUUGGCUGUUUGCUCUGUGAAGGCCAGAUUGCUCUUCACAUACCUCAUCACACACUAAGUGUCAAUUUGAACCUGUGGUGGACUGCUUUGCCAUGUAACUUGUAUUACAUGGACUGUUCUUCAUGAUCUGUGAUGAAAUGUUCACAGGUGAAUGGACUCUGUACAUAUUACAGGCAUAUAUAAGUUUACCAAAAUUGUAGCAUUUGAAACAAACUGUAAUCUGUUUAGGUUCAUUAUAAAAACAUGUCCCAGGCUACCAGGACUAAUCACAUAGUCUGCAGUGUGGAGGGUACACUUGUUUAAAGCUUCAAAGCUAUGGAAAAAAAUUGAGGUUCGAACUACACACAAUGGUUAAUUGGGUCUUUGGGGGUGCAAAAUAGUCAGCCGGGGUAGCUGCAAUCUUGAGUGAGUCAUCAGCAGGGGAAUGGACUGUUUAGAUUAUUCCAUUCCUGCUUCUUGUCCACUCAAAAUCUUACUCCUUAACUCAUUUUAACUCCAUAUUAAAGGAAGUGGGAAAGCAGUUUGGGAGAUUGUGAUGGGUUUGAGUAGACAGAAAAGAUUAAGCAUCUUCCCCUCACACCCUUCCUGUUUUUGAUUGUAGCUUACUUUUCAUGAGAGCAAAACUGUUGAGGAAAAGUGUUAAAGCAACUGAGGAAUGUGCUUAGUCUGAGAAAGGAAUCUAACUCUGUCUGAAGGUUGCCAAUUCUAAGCAGACUGACUGACACAGAGGUGCACCUAGGUAAUUUUGGAGCCUGGACCUAAAGGCCUUUGGAGGGGCCCCCCCUCCCCUGCAAAUGAAGCAUCAUCAUACUCCGCUGGGCGACUGCACCAAGAGGAAAGAGGAUUUGGGGGGCCCCAGGGGCUGUGGAGGCCCUGGAGUUCGGCCCCGAAGUCCGGGGCUGAUAUACUGCACAAUAUUCCGCUAGUCUUCUAAUACAAUGUUUGCACAGUUGAGCAACAUGCAGGAAUUGCACAAACGCCAGAGGGCUAUUGCAAUAGUGCGUUUGCAAGUUGAGCAUGCUGCACAAGAGUGCAACUUAGAAGGCUGACAGAGCGCUGAGCAGUAUAUCAGCCACUAGUUUUACUAUUUUUGUUGGAUUCAAGUCUCCCUCUUUCUUUCCCCUAAGCACUAGCUUUGCAGAGAAACAAUUUCUAACACAGCUUUGAAUACAGUUCACAGAGCCUAUACAUUGGUAUAUUCCAGAUAAGAUCAAGACUACUUCUGCUGUUAGCAGAGAUGUCAAAAAGGAAACACGUCUGGCUCUUAAGAGUUCUACAGGUGCUAAAUAAGUUUACUAUACAGGUGGCCCUUGUUACUCACGGGGGUUCCAUUCCAGCCUACAACUGCAGAUAAAGAAGGCGUGAAUAAUGAAACCUUGGGAUCUUUGAGUCUAAAAAAAGGUCCAAAAAGCAGAAAUAAAGGGAAUGAAGUGCAGUACCUUGCUCUCCAGGCCUUCAGCUCGCCAGAAAGCCCCCCUAGAACUCACAAAUCUCAACUUUUGAGAUCCAAAAAUUGUCGGGAUAUUUUUUCACGGGAUAGCCAUGCUCCAAAACGGUGGCUGUAAAAGACAUAGGGAGUCAUUUCCAGCCACCCAGGAACUGUGGGUAGGUGAAUUUUGCCUAUUUUUAAAACCACGGUUGGGUCCAUACUGCUUGGCCACGGAUAACAAGCUGCACCAGUUGCAUAGUAUAUUGCAUCAGCUUAUUUCAAAUCCUGAGGGAUUGCCAUUGUAAUCGUUUUCCUUCUUGCAGUUAGUUAUGGGCUGUCUAGCUCCUACCUUCUAGAAUCAGUCCCUGUGCCUCUACACAACAUGGCACUCAGGGAACCUCUGUGAUGCAAUCUGAGGAGUUGCUGUUUGCAAAAUUAAAAAUGGAAUAAAAUUUGCCUGGCCACAAACCACUGUGUACCCCUGAGAUGGCCUUUGGGAUUGCAAUAGGUAGGAAAUAUUGCAAGAACAGGUUCAGGAAAUGCUUGCUUAUAUACUAGAAGAAGAAGAUUAAGGGAAAUUCUUUGUAUGGAACAGAGAAUGAGGAGCACAUGAGGCACUAUAUGUCUGACCAGAGCUCAAAGUUGCUGUGGCACAGUGCAGAACUGUGACUCCCUGUAAGACAGGAUUUGCAUUGGUACAUAUCUAAUACAAACCCCAUCAUGGUUCAUUCGGGCUAUUUUUGGAAGGGCGGUAUAGAAAUAGAAAUAAUAAUAAUAACAACAAUAAUAAUAGUAGUAGUAGUAGUAGUAAUUCGGGGAAAGAAGGGUAGGGGAGAAAAUAGUGGUGAAGAGGCAAGGGAGGAUGAAAGAAAGGUGUGCCUAUUCAGGAGCUUAACUGUACUUUUGCAAACCCUGGUUUCCAGAGAGCCAGCUUUGUGUAUGUGCUAAACCUAUAUAUGUGAAGGGCCUGUACCUGGAGGAAAACUGAUUCCACCUAUUGAACAUGCACAGAUUUUCAGCUUAGGUUUGUGUAGAUUCAUUUUCCUGUGAUUACCUAGAACAGGAGGGCUGGGCAUGUCUCCUAAUGCUUCCACAGCAGGGUUUGCUAUUUACUGGGCAGUUUGAAACCAUCCCUUUCAGAGCUGGACAAAUUACUGAAAAGGUUUCCUUGAGGCAGCAAUUCAAUAUUGCCAUGUGUAACUGAAGUUGUGGGGUUUUUCUUUCCCUUUCACCAUUUGUUUUCUAUUAACAAACAUUUUGAUUGAUAGAACUCUGUAUAUAAUGUAUAUGGAAGUAGGCAGCCAUAAGUAUGUAAAUUUAUGUAUGUAAGUUUUAAGGGUACUUAUUCAAACCUAAUAUUGCCUCAAAUCUUCAGAUAAGUUAUUCUUUCUGACUACAGUCAUUUCAAUGUUGGUUUCAUCCUUGGAAUUUUGAGAUGUUAUCCAAAAUUGCCUCCACUGUAAUGCAUUAAGAGUAUAAAUAUAUGCAUUUAAGAUAAUGGUGUAAUUUACAUUAUAUUUAUAGUACAUCUUACUAUUCUUGUAUAUGCAAAUAUAUUGUCAUGAAAUGGAGGAUGUAAGCCUGGCUUUGUUCCAGGAUUUCUAUCGAUUUUCAAAAAAAUGAAAAUCAUUCCUCUAAUACAAAAUCUUGAAUCAACGAUUACUUUUGAAUGGAUAGAACAAUGCUGUCCUGGUGCUAGUGCUAAUGAAAGAAUCUACUGCCUGGCAUGAGACAUAUUCAGAUAGCUUUAAAUAACUGCAUGUACUUACCUUCUGAAAUUCUUACAUAAGUGCACAUAACUAUUAUAGAUUGGGCACUCUUGCUCCACAAGUUGGGUCAUGUGCCUGAAGUAGUCCAAAAUUGAAACCAGUAUUUUUAGGUAAGAUUUGUUAAACUUUUUUAUGUAGAAGACAGACCUGUUUGGUUUUGAAUUAAUGAAUCACAAUCAUUAAAGCUGCAAGCAUGAGUUUGUCACAGGGAAUUAACUGUUCAAACAUAUCAUGAUGCAGUUCUGCUAAGUAGCUGCUAUAAGCAACUUUUCUAGGUUCUUGUGGUACUAUUUAAAUGGACAUGAAGUGUAUAUACUUUCAUUUCCUUCUAAAAUGUCCCAAACAUUUGGGGCAGAUAUUUAUUACUGCUUGAAUUUGGUGACCAUUAGUAGAGAUGGACAAACUAUGUCUUUGAGUUGUGAACUUUAAAAGGUAAUACUCUCUUACCCUUGUGUAACAGAAUGUGUAGCAAAACUCUUGUGCAGUAUGUGCCCAAAUUGUAUACUUGAGACUCACUGGAGAGAUGGGCUAUUUCUGUGCAAAAAGAAAAGUAAAAUUGCAGGGACAAACUAAAUAAAAAUCUAAGAAAUAUGCAAUUAUGUAUCGCUAUUACCUUUUAAAAUAUUAGGGUACAUCUUCACACUCCAACUAAAGCAAAAGGGACUUUUAUCACUGAUUUAAAAUGACUCUAGUUUCACUGUAUAUGGUUUCAAAUGAGGCAUCUAAAGGAGAAAAAAUACAGUAUUACUUGAGGGUCAUGCUACUUAAAUUUUUUAAUAACUCUGUUUUGAGAGGGUGGGAAGGGAAGGCAUUAAUUUCUUAUGCCUGUGAUUAAAAUGCUGCGAUGAUGGAUUUGUUUGGCAUAGGUCCUUUAGUGAAGUUUUCCCCCCUAAUACUUAUUUCUCAGUGGAACAAAACAAUUUUCAAAACCUCUGUUCUAAGUCAUGUAAAAACAAACUGUAUGCACAAGAUUUGUUGUAAACAUCUAUUUGCAAGUGAACCCUUAAAUACUUGAUAUUUUGAAAUAAAAAUGGCUUCUCAA